AUAGCCCGCACUGCAAACAUCGCAACUCUCCACACAACAAACCAGACUCACCAACCUUUACACGACAUCAUGAACGACCCGGGACUUAACAACCUUCUCAAGUGGGGUAUCCAAAACUCCGAAGCCUCGCGCGCCGAUGCUGCUGCUGCAGACCAGCCGCCGCCAAAAAUCGAUGUCGAGGCCCUGCAACGCCUCAUGACAGGCAUGUCAGGGCCUUCGGACGCGGAAUUGAUGCAGCAGAGUAUGCAAGUCAUUCGUAACAAGGACGCCGAACUGGAGCACCGGACCACCGCAUUCGACAACUUUGAGCAACUCAUCGAGAACCUCGACAAUGCGAACAACAUCGAGAGCCUGGGGCUAUGGAUGCCCCUCGUCGAGCAACUGGAGAACGAAGAGUCUGAACUGCGAUUCUAUGCUGCAUGGUGCUGCGGAACCGCUGUGCAGAACAACAUGCGAACCCAGGAACGACUCCUUGUAGUUGGCGCUAUCCCCAAACUUGUGCGCAUGGCAACCUCAGAUAGCGAGAACAAGGUCCGCAAGAAGGCCAUAUUCGCCCUUUCGUCUUCCGUGCGCAACUUCCAGGCCGCCCUUGAUGCUGCAGUGGAGCACAUGCCCGACGAGUUCAAGCCAGAAGGGCAGCUCGACGCCAACGACAUGGAGUCAGUCGACGUGUUGAUCAACAAGCUUCGCGAGAGUGUAUAGGAUAUAUCAGGUCGAGUUUGCAUUGGGCGGCGUUUCGGUACUACAGCUGGAUCAGCAUGGGAUGGCGUAUGGACGGCAAAGGUGACUAGAGGGAAUUGGAAGGAUGGCAUACCCAGGACUUGAUACAGCAGCGAUUGUCGCUGAGCAUGUUGUGAGCACUGCAUAGAAUAGCUGGCUCGGAAUAUACGACUUUUCAUAUGA